CUCACUUCCUUUUCCUCUGCGCACCGGGACUUGCCUUGCGGUGGGCACACUCUGGUCCUGCGGCUCAACUUGGGUGCGGAGGACAGCUCCGAAGAGGUCCCUGUGGGUCCUCAGGAACAGUUGCCCCCCCCCACCCCCAUUGACGUUCGGCGUGGCCAUUCCAGACCCGCGUUGGAGCUGUCAGCCUCACCUCGGCCCGAACUUCAAGUCCCGGGACUCACCUAGGGUGGGCUCCAGUCGUUGCCGGCGUCCAGCUGCCAACUUUCUGCCUGGAUCGCUGUCUCCUAAUUUCUUCGGUCUCCUCAUACAGAAGGCCUUGGAAUAUGUAGCAGCCAUGCCUGUGGACAAGCUGUCUGCUGGAGCCCGCGACACCACUGCUCUGCCUUUCCGUCUGCGGACCAAGGUCCCCGGCUACCUGCUACGGAGGCCAGUGGAUGGUGGAGCCCGGAAACCUAGUGCUGUGGAGCGCCUGGAGGCUGACAAGGCCAAGUACGUCAAGAGCCUGCAUGUGGCCAAUACCCGCCAGGAACCUGUGCAGCCCCUGCUGUCCAAGCAGCCGCUUUUCAGCCCAGGGACUCGCCGCACUGUGCUCACUUCUAGCCGCCGAGCCUUGCCUGGCCCCGGCCGCCGGCCCCAACUGGACCUGGACAUCCUUAGCAACCUCAUUGACUUGUGUGAUAGCCCCGUGUCCCCUGCCGAGGCUAGCCUUACUCCCGGACGAGCAGAGGGAGCCCGCCAGGACCCUCCAGCUACGCCCCCACGCCCGCCACCCAGUACUACUGCAGUCCGCCGAGUAGAUGUCCGUCCCCUGCCGACCUCACCUGCCCAGCCUUGCCCAUCACCAGGCACUGCUGCUUCCAGUCCAGCUCGGCCCCCAGGUUUGCAACGCUCCAAGUCAGACCUGAGUGAGUGCUUCUCACGGGCAGCAGCUGACCUGGAGCGAUUUUUUAACUUCUGCGGCCUGGAUCCAGAGGAGGCACGGGGGUUGGGUGUGGCCCACCUGGCGAGGGCCAACUCAGACAUAGUGUCUCUGGCUGGGCCCAGUGCUGGGCCAGGCAGCUCCGAGGGGGGCUGCUCCCACCGCAGCUCUGCCACUGUUGAGGAGCGGGCGGUGGAGCGCGUCCCCUAUGGCGUGUCGGUGGUUGAGCGCAAUGCCCGGGUGAUCAAGUGGCUGUACGGGUUGCGGCAAGCGCGGGAGACUCCAGCGGCGGAGGGAUAGGCCUCUACUGGACUUGGCAUUCGGCACCGGACAGAUCUUAGGCAAGUGGCCCCUUGCCCUCUCCUGCCCCCUUUCUCUGGCUUGGGGUAGACCAGAGACUGCUGCCUUUUGUGAACUUGGUCUAGAGGCAAAGGCUCAGAGGCUGGGCCAGCAUCCAUCGAGCAAGGACUGACCCUGGAGAGAGGUGCUUCUUGACCUGGGACCACCCCUCAUUCCUCACAUGCAGGGGUUUUGACACUACUGUAUCGCUUCUUGGUUCCUCUCCUGGGUUUGGGGCACUUGGCCCUCCUCGCUGAGAGUGAGGACUGAGCAUCUCCACCAGGCCCGUGUACCCAGUGGCUCUGUUUCGUUCUUCCUUCCUUGGCCUCUAUCCUUUGCUGACUUCCUCUUCCUUACUCCGUGGGUCCCCGUUCCCUGGGAACUCACCCUGGGGUGGGGGCAGGGAAGAGUGGUCUAGCCACUGUUCCCUCCAGGCCUGGGCCGCCUGGUCGAGAUGGGUAGACUACAGGAGGAACUGGUAGGAGUCCGCACUGCUCUGGCUUCCCUUCCUUUGGUUAAUAAACACAAAUGUUUGUUUUUCAA